AUGGCCGCCUUUGUGCGUGUUUCAGGUCCGGCAAAUGGCAAUUUUUUGAUCGGUUACCCCGGGAUAUCUGCGACGAUGCCUCGAAUCGAGGGCAAAGUCGAAAUUCGUCCCAGUAUCGGCAUAUCUGCGCCAGUCAAUGUCUCCCUUGUCACUAUUUCCCUCCUCCGCCGUGAAACCAUCCACCCCACGGCUGACUCCGUAGCCAAGAAACGCUUGGCACCACCUCGCAAAGAAGUCGCAGAUAUUGUGGGGAAAGAAAUGUUAUUAUUUAGAUGCCCCGCCGGUAAAGAACACGAAGAAAUUAUCGCGAUGGACUUGCCCUUUGUACUAUUCAUCCCGUUCGGUCGUGGGGGCCGAGAUGCUUCGCGCCGGGUACCACCCGCGAGCUUACAAUUGCCCAGUCGCACUGCCGAGACAUUCUACGAAAUGGUUGUUAUGAUUCAACAAGGUCAUUCAGAACAACGAAAAUACACUUUCCCCGUACCUAUCGCCCGUUAUGAUACCCUCUCUACCUUUGGCAUGUAUAAUCGCCCAGAGUCCGCCGAACGAGUAUCAGAUCAUCUAGUCACACUAGCUAUCUCACUACCCCGAUGGUCCUACGGCCCCCUCGAUCCAGUCAGUGUUUAUGUGAAACUGUCUCCAAAUCAAGAUUGGAUGGGCAAAGCUCGCAAGGUGACCAUCGGCAAGAUCACCAUAGGCAUUGACGAAGAAAUCAUCUACAAUCAUGAAGGCGAUGAGCCUCAACGAAAAGUCAAGACCUUGGUCAAAAAGACGGACUCCAUCGGAGUCAGGUUACCCGCAUCUGGGUAUCUUACAAACAUGGGAUUGGUUUUCCCCGCCAAGGACAUGCGGGACUCAGAAGGCAUCCUACCACGCAGUCGUACCGCAUUCCCCAUGUACGGCGUGAGUGGAUUCACAACGACUGCUUCUCUUUAUAAAAUCGAAUACUAUCUAACUGUUCGGGCCCAUUUGACAUCCGCCCGAGAUAUUACAAUACGGCAACCAAUCGUGGUUUGCCCACUCGACCAUGCGGGCUGCAAAGAAGAAAUGGAAGCUAUUGAACAGGCAGCUCGUGAUGCAGCACAUGUCAAUCCAGACAACCCAAUGCUGCCACUCCCCUCUAUCGUUCGACCAACUGAUCCCAACGCUCUCAGCCAUAUUGGCGUUGCUAUGGUCGGUACCCAAAAGAAGCUCCUGAUUGAUUGA